AUGUGGAUAUAUCUUGCCUUUGUGCUGCUGGAUUGUUACUGGGAAACAGUUUUUGGACAGCUCUCUUACUCCGUCUCAGAAGAGGUGAAUGUGGGGACUGCUGUCGGAAAUGUUGCUAAAGAUCUGAACAUCAACGUCCAGGAUUUGGAGCCUCGCAUGUUUCAGGUUGUUACUGGAUCAAAGAAAAAAUAUUUCGAGGUUAAUCUAAAGACUGGUCUCCUGUAUGUUAAUGAGAGAAUAGAUCGAGAGGAACUGUGCGGUAAUGAACCUAAAUGUUCACUCACUGUAGAAGCAGUUAUUAACCAUCCACUUAAACUGCAUCGUAUAGAAAUUACGAUUUUAGAUGUAAAUGAUAAUUCACCAUUAUUUCCCAGCAAAAUACAAUUCAUGAACAUUAGUGAGAACACGGCGAUAGGGGCAAAAUUUCCCAUUCAGCCUGCUGACGAUACAGACGUCGGUAAAAAUGGUGUAAAUACAUACCAGCUUAGUCAAAAUGGGUAUUUUUCUCUGGUUACAAAUAAGGGACAGGGUGUAUCACCAGAAUUGGUGCUUCAGAAAGUUUUAGACCGAGAAACACAGUCCGUGAUUCGGCUCACACUGACUGCCAUAGAUGGAGGAACACCUGCUAAAUCAGGAAGUAUGACUGUAAUAGUAAACGUGUUAGACAUUAAUGAUAACGCUCCUGUAUUCAGUCAAACGCUGUACAAAGCCACAAUAAACGAGAAUGUUAAAAUAGGUACAUCGAUAAUAACACUGAAUGCAACCGAUGUAGAUGCAGGGCAAAAUGGAGAAGUGUUGUAUUCAUUUAGUAAAAUAGGCCGUGGAAAGCAAACGGAUUUUUUUGAUAUAGAUGAAAAAACAGGCACUGUAACAAAUAAAAAACCUAUCGACUUUGAAGAGAACAAUGCCUUUGAGAUUAGAGUACAAGCAAGUGAUGGAGCUUCUUCUCCUCUCACCUCACACGCAAAACUAUUGAUUGAAGUUUUAGACGUUAAUGACAAUGCUCCUGAAAUUACAGUUACAUCACUACUUAACACCGUCAAAGAGGAUGCGUCCAUUGUCACUGCCAUUGCACUUGUUUCAGUACUGGAUAAAGAUGGAGGUAAAAAUGGGAUGGUGAGCUGUAAAAUUCCCACUGAUGCCCCCUUUAAGUUAGAGUCUAAUUAUAAGAAUUACUAUUCGUUGGUCAUUGAUGGUCCUCUUGACAGAGAAAGUAAACCUCAAUAUAACAUAACCAUCAUUGCUACAGAUGAGGGAAGUCCACCUCUCUCCAGCAUGAACAUCAUUUAUGUUGAAGUCUCUGAUGUGAAUGACAACAAUCCUCGAUUCACAGAAGACACAAUAACCAUCUUCAUUAAAGAAAACAGUCCAGUAGGAGCAAUUAUGAAAACAUUGUCGGCGGUUGAUGCAGACACUGAUGAAAAUGCCCAGGUGAGAUAUUCGUUAUUACAUAGUGGUAACACGAUGCCACUGUCUACUAUGAUAAACAUCAACUCCGAAACUGGAGAUAUACUCAGUCUGCAGUCUUUUAACUAUGAGGAGUUAAAAACGUUUCAGUUUAAAGUUCAGGCCACAGACUCUGGUGUUCCUCCACUUAGCAGCAACGUGACUGUCAACGUUUUUAUCCUGGAUGAGAAUGACAACAGUCCCACCAUUUUAGCACCAUAUUCUGAGCACGGCUCUGUUAACAGUGAGACCAUCCCAUAUUCUGCUGAAGCGGGAUAUUUUGUGGCAAAGAUCAGGGCUGUGGACGUCGACGCUGGUUACAAUGCGUUGCUUUCUUAUCACCUGUCUGAGCCCAAAGGAAACAACUUGUUCAGGAUCGGAACCAACACAGGGGAAAUCAGGACUAAGAGGAGGAUGAGCGACAAUGAUCUGAAAACUCAUCCCUUGGUGGUGCUGGUUUCAGAUAACGGAGAACCUUCUCUGUCAGCUACUGUAACUAUUGAUGUGGUGGUGGUUGAAAGCACAGCUGACAUCCAGACUCAGUUCAGACAUGUUCCUAUAAAGGAGGACAGCUUCUCCGAUUUGAACCUGUAUUUACUCAUCGCCAUUGUCUCGGUGUCAGUCAUAUUUCUGCUGAGUCUCAUCAGUUUAAUAGCUGUUAGAUGCCACAGGACAGAUGGCAGUUUCAGCAGGUACAGCGCUCCAAUGAUCACCACCCAUCCUGACGGGAGCUGGUCUUACUCUAAAGCUACCCAGCAGUAUGACGUGUGUUUCAACUCGGAUACACUGAAGAGUGACGUAGUUGUUUUCCCCGCACCGUUUCCACCUGCGGACGCAGAACUGAUCAGUAUUAAUGGAGGAGACACUUUUACCAGAACUCAGACUUUACCCAACAAAGAGAAGGUAAGACUGCAUGUAUAUAAUCACCUGGAAGAUACAGUCAGAAAAGUCAGUAUGAUUCCAAACAAUCAAAUCACUGUAUCUGGUCUCCAGCAGUCGUCUAUAAAGAGUAUACCGUUCUCUAUGUUGCUGAAAUAA